AUGGCCAUGUCACCUCAUGCGGGCACGCAAUGCCUUGAGAACGCUCCGCCUGUCCGUUUCUGGUCGUCCAUGGCCGUGGUAUCAAUGUGGACUAUUACUGCUGCUCUGUGGAGUAUCACACAAGGGCUGUUGACUCAAGCACGCCGAGCCGUAGCCGGUACUCGUACAUGUACCUAUCCAGAGCUCCAUGCCGUGGCGACCUGUAUGCAAGCAGCUUCGGCUCGCUUGCUGCGAGUGCGAUUGGCGAUCUGCAUCGUUUCACCGCUGAACCAGACUACCUACUACUAUACCAGGAAGAAGAAGAAGCGGCACAACAACACAAGAGAGAGCGCGACAGGUCACAAGAAUGCAGGCACGAAAUUUGACCGAAUCCCAAGGUCAGAGUUCCGCUUAGGGCCCGGUGCCUCGGUCAGGGCGCCCUAA